AUGAAUAUUAUUUGUGAAGUCGUUUCUUCAGUUCGCAGCAAAGAUAAAAUUAAUAUUAAUAAGUUUCUAAUGAAUAAAAAUAAGAAGAAUAAUCAACAUUAUCUUAAGGAUGCAUUAGAUCAUAAUCAUUCAGCUUAUGCGAGCAGACUAGAAGUUGUAAAGACAAUAGCUAGAAUUAAGGAACAAGCACAACAAACACAUGAUAAGCCAGCUCAGAUUAUGCAAACAGUGAUUGCUAAUAGCUCUCAAUACGUAUAUCUAUAUCUUCUAUUAACUAAUGCCCUUAGGCAAACUAUUCAAAGGAUUCGUCACCUUGAUCUUUUUACAAAACCAGGAUCUUUAGAGAGUCUUAUUAUCCCUGAGUACCUAAGAUAA